CCUCGUAAAUCACCCAAACCGGCUCACUAGACUGUUUAUCGGAACCAAGGAGGGAUCCCAAUGGACAACAAGACGAUGGAAGUCUUCCAGAAGAUUGCAAUGGAAGAAACCAUGGAGGUAGAUGGCGUAGAAAGCCAAUCGAAAUCCACCAAAGUCGUUCAUUUGCUUCGGAGAUUUCUCGGGGUCCAGCAACGAAGAGCCGAAGCAUAUACAAAGCUACGAAGGGGAUUUGCUGAAUAUAUGGUCGGUGGAAGGGAUUCAGCAUACCAACAACUUUGUAAUGAGAUCACAGUAGAGUUCAAUGAUUGCUCUAAACAUGUCCUUGAAAUGGAAUCUCUGCUUUUGAACCCUGAAUACUGCAGAAAUGAUCUGGCUCACCUUUUGAGACUUGUUCAAGAACAGGAGAAGCAGAAGUUGCAUCUGACUGCAAAAAUUCAGGUUUUGAAGAAAAUUGGUCGUCCAUCAGAACGUAUUGUCAGUCAUGAACACUGUAGAUUUAGGAAUCUAGUAGAACAUGAGUGUGUACAUGUGCAUGAGAUAACAGAAGCUACUGGAACAGAGGAGGCGGAGGCAGAUGCUGAUUAUGACAAUGCUCUCAAGGAAGCAAUCAGAGGGGUGCAAGAUGCAGUGACAAGUAUAAAUGAGUAUUUAGAAGAAGUUAGGUAUGAGAUUGACGCCCUUGAAGCGUAUUAGCACCAAAAAAUUCAAUUUAACAUACAUUAUUCAUUUAUAGAGGAAUGGAAACUUUGAAUUCUAUACUCAAGUUAUAUACAUAAACUACAUGGAUAUUAGUUU